AUGGGCUCCAUUGAUGAUGCCGACUUCAAGAACCAGCGUGGCAAGCUCUUGGACACCUACGGUAACGAGUUUGAGAUUCCCGACUACACCAUCAAGCAGAUUCGUGAAGCCAUCCCGGCCCACUGCUUUGAGCGCUCUGCUGUCCGCAGUUUGAGCUAUGUGGCUCGCGAUCUCACCAUCUUGGCCACCGUCUUUUACCUCUUCAACCGCUUCGUCACCCCCGAGACGAUCCCCUCUACCCCCGUGCGUGCUGGCCUGUGGGCGCUGUACACGGUGAUUCAGGGUCUGGUCGGUACCGGUGUGUGGGUGUUGGCCCACGAGUGCGGUCACCAGGCUUUCUCGCCUUCCAAGAUUCUCAACGAUACCACCGGAUGGGUCCUCCACUCGUCGCUGCUUGUGCCUUACUUUUCGUGGAAGAUUUCUCACGGCAAGCACCACAAGGCUACCGGACACAUGGAACGUGACAUGGUUUUCCUCCCCAAGACCCGCGACGUCUACGUCUCUCGGUUGGGUAAGCUGAGCCACGAGAUCGGCGAGCUCAUGGAGGAGACUCCCAUUGCGACGGCUUUCAACUUGCUUCAGCAGCAGCUGGCUGGCUGGAUCAUGUACUUGACCACCAAUGUCACUGGCCACAACUUCCACGAGCGUCAGAUUGAGGGCCGCGGCAAGGGCAAGGAGAAUGGUUUCUUUGGCGGUGUCAACCACUUUAACCCGUCGAGCCCGCUCUAUGAGGCUAAGGAUGGCAAGCUCAUCUUGUUGAGCGAUCUUGGUCUUGCUCUGAUGGGUGGUCUCUUGUAUUGCCUCGGUCAGCGUUUUGGCUGGGUCAACAUGCUCGUCUGGUACUUUAUCCCGUACUUCUGGGUGAACCACUGGCUCGUUGCCAUUACCUACCUCCAGCACACUGAUCCCUCGCUCCCUCACUACGAGCCCCACACUUGGACUUUUACUCGCGGUGCGGCUGCUACCAUUGACCGCGAAUUUGGUUUUAUCGGCCGCCACAUUUUCCACGGCAUCAUUGAGACCCACGUUCUCCACCACUAUGUUUCCCUGAUUCCCUUUUACCACGCCGACGAGGCCUCGGAAGCCAUUAAGCCUGUCAUGGGCCGUCACUACCGCUCCGACACCAAGGACGGCGCCAUUGGUUUCUUGAAGAGCAUGUGGAAGAGCGCGCGCAUGUGCCAGUGGGUUGAGCCCAGCGUUGACGCCCAGGGCGAGGGCAAGGGUGUCUUGUUCUACCGCAACCGCAACGGUCUCGGUGUCGCUCCUCAGCAAAUGGCUCCCAUUGCCGAGUAA